AUGGUUCCAGAUUUAACUUUCGAUGUAGCUGUAGAACAAGCGUUAGCUUUAGAAGCUUCGAAAAUAGACAACCGGGAAUUAUCGAAACACAAUUCAACUGCAAAAUCAGAAGAAGUUCACAGAAUUUCGAGAUCACGAAAUCAGUUUAAAUCGAAUCGCUCAAAUAGUAAACAGAGAAGUUACUCUGAAAAUCGAAAUAGAUCAAAUUCUAGGCGUAGGUUUUCUUCAAAUUUAAAUUUCCGUGAACUUGGAAUACAUAAUACAUGCCUACGAUGUGGACGUUUAAAUCACCUUUCCCGUGAAUGUCGUGCUGAUGUUUCAAAAUUAUUUUGCAAACUUUGUCAAAAAAGAGGGCACGUCCAAAAAGUUUGUUUAUCAACACUUUUGAAAAAUAAAAAAGCAAAUGAAGUUCAAUGUGUCGGCAAGGAUGAAUAUGUUACAGAGGUAGCUGCAGUAAGCAAUUUUUCAAGUAAUACACAAAUUGUUGAUGUUUUCAAAUCUAACCUAUCGUGCGAUUCAGAAAAUUUUUGGGUUAACGUACAGAUAGAAGGGAAAAUACAAAAAUUUGAAGUCGAUUCAGGUGCAGGACUUACACUUUUGACUAAACAAGCUUUCGAUUUAUUAAAUUUAACAAAUGAGUUGCAGCCUACAGAGGUGAAAUUUCGAUCAUACACUCAUGGUAUUUUUGAACCAUUGGGUCUUGUAAAAGUUAGUGUGAAAUAUAAAAAUAUCACUAGUAUAGAAACUUUGUACAUAGUUCCAGAUAUGUUUACACCAGUCUUAGGAAGAACAUGGAUUCGACAUUUGAAGAUAAAUUUAUCCGAUAUUGAUAAAAGUAAUAAAAUUGAAGAAAUUCCUGUUAAUGUAAUUGAUGUUUCAAAUGUAGUAAAUAGCAUCAUAAAUCAAUUUCCUACCGUGUUCGAACGAAAAAUUGGGAAAAUUCCAGACUUUACGUGCUCAUUAAAACUUCGAGAAAAUUCAAAACCUGUAUUUUUAAAAGCCCGCGAUGUCCCUUUUGCCUUACGCGAGAAAGUUAACGAGGAACUUAAAAAUCUAGAACACGAUCACAUAAUAACGAAAGUGGAUUGUAGCGAUUGGGGUUCACCACUUGUUGUUAUACCCAAGUCCGACGGUGGUGUUCGCUUGUGUGUGGACUAUAAAGUGGCCGUAAAUCCUCAAUUGAAAGAUGCACAUUAUCCAAUACCAAAAAUAGAAGAAAUAUUAAGUAGUCUCAGAAACUCUAAAUUUUUUUGUACACUCGAUCUCUUCAAAGCUUAUUUGCAUGUAGUCGUUGACGAUGAAAGUAAAGUAAUUCAAACAAUUUCUACGCAUCAAGGAACUUAUCAAAUCAAUCGUUUAUUUUUCGGUAUCAAGUCAGCUCCAAGUGAAUUCCAUGGAAUUUUGGACCAAAUAUUGAUAGGUCUUCAGGGAAUUGCAACAUAUUUCGAUGAUAUAAUAAUCCACGGAGAAACUCUCUCCGAGUGUCGCGAUCGGUUGAUUGCAUGCUUAGAACGUUUACAAAAGUACAAUUUACAUGUAAAUAGCUCAAAAUGUCAUUUUUUCAAAAAUAAGAUUUCAUAUUUAGGAUAUGUGAUUGAGCAAAACAAAAUCUCAAAGUGUCCCCUGAAAACUGAAGCAAUAAUUCACGCACCUCGACCGAAAAAUGUGGAAGAAUUGAAACACUUUUUAGGUAUGGUUACCUACUAUUCCAAAUUUUUGCCAAAUGCAUCAUCUAUUACUUAUCCGCUAAGAUAUUUACUAAAGAAAAAUGUAAAAUUCCACUGGUCUGCUAAUUGUGAAGCCGCGUUCAUCAAAUUGAAAAAUGAAAUAUCAAGUGACCGAGUUUUAAUGCCGUACCACCCAAAUUUGCCUAUCACGGUCGCAUGCGAUGCAAGUCCAACCGGCAUAGCUGGAGUUUUAUCGCACAUGGUAAAAGGUGUCGAGAAGCCAGUGUCAUUUGCAUCAAGAUCUCUAACAGCAGCAGAACAGAACUACAGCCAAUUGGACAGAGAAGCUUUGGCUAUUAAAUUUGCAGUUCAAAAAUUUCACAAUUAUAUUUUUGGAAGAGAAUUUACAUUGAUUACUGACAACCGUCCUUUAUAUAGAAUUUUUCAUCAUGAUAGUCAUAUACCCUCAAUGACAUCAUCCCGUUUACUUCGAUAUGCAGCAUUCCUGAGUGAGUACCAGUACAAAGUCAAACAUAAAAGAAGUGAAGAAAACCAGAAUGUUGAUUACCUUUCUAGGGCACCAUUGAAGCUAAAAGAUCCAAACGUUCUACAAGAAGACGAUAUUAUUCACUGGCAAACUAUAAAUCAAAUUUAUACUUCUUCAAUUACAUAUGAGGUAAUUUCUAAAGAGACAGACAAUGACCCAGAACUGUCAGCACUGGAACAAGAACUCUCAUCAGGCAGCUGUAAUGAUCCUGAAUAUUCUUUACAAGACGGCAUAAUUUUCAAAAGACACAGAGUUUACAUUCCAGAGAAACUUCGGGCAGAUAUCCUGAAAGAGGUCCAUCACACCCAUUUGGGUAUUGUCAAGAUGAAAAAUUUAGCAAGAAGAUAUUGCUAUUGGAAGAAAAUUGAUCGAGACAUCGAGCAUCUAGUCCGAGAAUGCAGAAGUUGCGCAGAAGUGAAGGACAAUCCUGGAAAAAUAUCGAAUCAUCACUGGGAAGAGCCUUCGUCCAAUUUUGAACGAAUACAUAUCGACUACGCUGGACCUUUCUUAGGAUAUAAUUUUCUAAUAGUAAUGGAUGCAAAAUCAAAAUGGCCUGAAAUCAAGAUUCAAAAAAGCACUCCAUCUAGUGAUUCUACAAUACGUUUGUUAAAGGAUAUUUUUAGUGUUCAUGGACUACCUCAAGUACUUGUCUCCGAUAACGCAAGUAUUUUUAAAAGCUGUGAAUUUUCAGAAUUUUGCAAGGAGUUUGGAAUUAAGCAUAGACUAAAAGCACCAGGUCAUCCCGCAACCAAUGGCCUCGCGGAGAGAAACGUCAAAACUCUUAAACAGGAAAAGGUAAGAGAAAUUUUAUUCCGCUAUCGAGCAACACCUCUACAAUCUGGAAAGACUCCAUCAGAACUGUAUCUAGGACGCCAAAUUCGAAUAAAACUAGAUCUAUUACGUCCACCAAACAAGGAAAACAAAUCAAAGUACUUAUCACCUCCCAUACCAGACCACAGAAACUUAAGCGUGGGAGAUCGCGUACAAUCACGGUCUUAUGCCAACAAUAAGCUGUCAUGGAGAUUUGGAAGCGUUAAACAACGACUUGGUAAACUGCACUACCUGAUACAACUCGAUGAAGGCCAGAUUAUAAAAAGACACGUCAACCAAUUGAGAAAGUGCGAAGUUUCCAGAAUUCCAAAAGUAACGUUUUCUCCAACUCAAGAAGUAAUUUAUCCAAGGAGUUCCAGCUCAAGUGGAAAUCAUUUCGACCCCUUGCCAUCAGAAAUUCGGAUCGAGACGAAACCUCCUGAUCCAGUUUCUACUGAUUCAAACCGUGCCAGAACUUUCCAAAAUCUUCCUAUUCGAAGAUCAGGAAGAAUACGUCAACCACCACCAUAUCUUGCAGACUAUGUAAUUUAA